UAAGCAAACUACAUCAGUCGUCACAACGACACAACGCUCCUCCGAGCCCCUGGCUCCGAGUUUGCCUUCUCCCCCACGCUCGUCCUCUCCCCCCUUCUCUUCGCAUCGUCGCCUCAAAGGUCCAAACCCUCCCGGCCAUGGCGAGGCCGCAGCAGGAGGCGAUCGACACCUUCGUGAGCAUCACCGGGGCUGAUGAGGCCGUCGCCGUCCGCAAGCUCGAGGAACAUGCUGGUGACCUUAAUCAGGCUGUCAAUGCACACUUCAAUGAAGGAGACAACACAUUGAACAGGAUUGAUCAAAGUAGUGUACCUGCUAGUCAUGAUGAUAUGGAGCUGGAUGGACCACUUGAUAACACAUUCCGAAGUUCUGUGUUCCCUGAAACUCUGCACGACCCUUUUGCACUUAUGGAUCCGAAUUUCCAGCAAACGUUUUUUGAUCGAGUUGGCUCUGCUGGUACUCUGAAUCGUGAUUUGCACAAUUCACACCCUGGAGAGCCACCUAUUGAAGUUAAAGAUAGCAACACUCAAGCUGGUCCUUCUCGUCAGGCUUCUGUUAUUGAGAAUGUCACUGGACAUCAGUCUUCGUAUGGCCCUGAAGGUCGUGAGACUAUCAUAAUUGAUGAUGACGAUGAGGAACUUUCAUCUCUGCCAUCUUCUCAGCAUGGUAAUAUCCACAGAAAUGCCUCGCAACCAAGCCCUCCUGUGCCAACUGCUCCUCCACUGGUUCAUGUUACGGACAAUGACAUAGAAGAGGAAAUGUUUCGGGCUGCAAUAGAAGCUUCAAAAAGAGAGGCUGACGAACUCUCAAAUGCAGCAGAGCAAGCAGGGACUCAACAUCUAGAAGGCAUAAACUUGGGAGAUCAUUCUUUGGAUGAAGACAUGGAAACUACUGGUGGGACAGUUGGAAGGCAAGAAUUAGUUACUGGAAAGGCUGGAACAUCUACGCAGUCAACAAAUGAAGAGAACUCCCAAGAGGAGACUGAUGAUGUUGAAGAAGAGCCAUUAGUUAGACGUCGUUCUAGGCGCAUCCCUUCUGGAGACACAGAGCCAACACAACCUAUUCUGGCGGAUGAUAGCCCUCCCUCAAGUUCACAGCCUCAAAACAUUGAUCGCCAGUAUAACACAACUGAUUUCCCAUCAGAGUGGGGUGGCAUUUCUUCUGAGGAACAUGAUGAAGCUGUUAUGCUUGAGGCUGCAAUGUUUGGUGGAAUUCCUGAAGCACCAACAUAUCCAUUCUCAGUUCCAUCUCAAGGAAGCUCGAGUCACUAUCCCCAAAUAGUGCAUUCUCCACCACCGGCAUUAACUGAGCAACGUUUACUGCGAGGGCAGCAGGAUGAUGAGUACCUUGCAUCACUUCAAGCUGAUCAAGAGAAGGAGCUUAAGGCUCUACAAGAAGCUGAGCUCCGCCGGCUGGAAGAAACUGCUGCAAGAGAAGCUGCUCUUGAGAAACAAAAACAAGAUGAGGAGGAAAAACAUAAAAAGCAACUCGAAGAAGAGGAACUAGAGUCCAAUCUUGCCACCAAACAAGCAUCAUUGCCAUUGGAGCCACCUACAGACAAGGAAGGUGCUAUCACACUUGUAGUUCGCAUGCCUGAUGGUAGUCGGAAGGGUCGUCGCUUUCUAAAAUCUGACAAGUUUCAGUUCCUUUUUGAUUUCUUAGAUGUCGGCAGGACUUGCAGGCCAGGAACCUACAGAUUGGUGAGAUCAUAUCCCAGGCGUGCUUUUACCACUGGUGAUGGUGACCUGUCAUUUAUUGAUCUUGGAUUAACAAGCAAGCAGGAAGCAUUAUUUAUAGAACCGAUUACUGAAUAGAGGAAAAGAUUUGGCCACGGCUAGGGGAUAUACUAUCUGAGAGUUGGUUGGGUCUUACAUGUUUAUACUUGCAUAUGUCAUUUUGGUGCAAAUUUAAAUUGCUGAUGAAAAUUUGUGUAAAAAACUGUCUUGUGGUGCAGAAAUGUGUGUCGUCAUUUGCUGCGCAGUACGGCAGUGAUACUUUGCACCUCUUCUUUUUUACAGAAGCUUUGCACCUCUUGAGUUUUAUGUAAUGUGAGGGUAAACUGUGAACAGCGUAGAUCCAAGAUAUGUGUAACAGUUGCAUCCACGACCAGUGUUAGUUUCAAAGGGUAACAAAGGGAAACUCGAAUCGCCUUCCCCGUGUAAA